ACAUAUUGGGAACCCAGGGGUGAGUGUGAUCUCAAGCCCUAGAACCAGGUGGCUCAGGCACUUUGCCAGUCGACGGACAUGAGUGAAGAGAAGGAAGAGGCCUCGUUCAGUAUACUCACGAUUUAUGAUGACCCGGAGGAGAGGGGGAGUGUGCCAGAAAGCCCUGGCAUUUCCUCUCAGCAUGAACAUCACACACAAUCUCAGCUGGAUGAGGUGUGUGGUCCCCUGCAGCAGCUCCCUGGCUCCCUGGCACAAUGUGGGCCAGUUUUUCAGGAGGUGAGCUGUGUGACUCCACAGCAGUGGGUCCCCCAGGCCCUUGACAGAUCUGAGCUGCAGGUCCCUUGGUUCUCUGAGGUGGAAUCAGAAGAAGCAGAGCCUGGCCCCAGAGGGCAGGGCAGGCUGUCCCCGCUGUGGGUAAAGGCAAGUCUAGGCUAUGACCCUCUCCUGGCCACCCAGCCUCCCAUUCCAGACGAAGCAGUGGUCAGGCAGAGGACUCCACGUGGGUCCUGGAAGGUUGGCAAACUCCACCACGGAAAGAAAGUCUAUGCUGUGGCCGUCAGCGGCUCUACUCACCACGUGUACACGUGCGGCCAUGGCUACAUCAGAGUGUGGAACGAGAGUGCCCUGCACGCCUGGGACCAGGCCCCCCAGGCCCAGCUCAACCUCCAGGACCAUCAGAACUGUGUCCUCACCUGCAAGCUGUUCCCAGAUGAGCAGAGGUUGAUCACGGGGGGUCUGUCCCAGACCCUGACUCUGUGGGACCUAGCACCCACCCCUCGCAUCAGGGCACAGCUGGCCUCCACGGGCCCCAUGUGCUAUUCCCUGGCCAUCUCCUCCAAUGCCCAGAUCUGCUUGGCUUGUUUCAAAGGAUUUGUUGAGAUCUGGGAUUUGCAGAACCAAAUCUUGAUCAGGAAGCAUGAAGUCCCCAUCUAUGGGUCCCGAUGUGUGGACAUCACGGGCAAUAAGUUCUGGACGGGAGGCGAAGACACCAGCCUGUAUUCCUGGGACCUGAGGAGCUACCAGCGGCUGCAGCAACAUGAUUUACAGCAUGAGAUCCUCAGCAUCACGCAUGACCCCAGUGAGGAGUGGUUGUUAGUGGGCUUGCGAAUGAGUGACAUCAUAAUCCUGCACACGCACCGGAAGGAGAAGUUUAAAGCUGUGUUACACAAAUACAUCCACCACCACAAUCUCAAGUUUGCCUCCUGUGGGAGCUAUUUUGUGACCACCCAGGACGAGUCGAUCCACUGCCUUGCUGCACCUUCUCUGCAGAGGUUGUUUCAGGCAGAGGAGUCUACAGACAUCCUGUGUUGUGAUGUGUCUUCUGACAACCAGUAUCUGGUCACCGGCUCUAAGAACAGUGCCACAGUUUACCAGCUCUUGUAUUGAAGGUUGUGAGCCAUGGUCCACAAUGAAGACCCAGAGAAGGCCAGUGGGCUGAGAGGUUGACCCCAGGGCUCUGGGUAACUUCAGUACCUCCCAUGCCUCUACCUUCUCCCUGGCCAGUCAUCUGUCCUCCCCUUCCCACCCAGCCCACACCUAGCCUUCCCUCCCAGGUUUUUAUUAUAUGGCUUAGGAAUUUUUCCUUUGUUAUUUUUCUACUACUGAUUUCUGGAUUUUGUAAUUAAUAAAAUAGAAAAG